CAUUUUUAAUAAGUGUGCAUAGAUUAUUUACACAAUUUUUCUGAAAUAUCCUUAUAUAUCUUGAUGUAUGUCGUAGAUUUUUAAUAAUGGAGUCAUCAAGGCUAAAUCUUGAUAAUGUGAAAGUGGCUAAUGGUUUGGGAAAUCUACCCAAGAUCAUUUUAACUUGUAUCCAUGGAAGUGAUGCAGAGGUAUAUCUACAUGGAGGGUGUGUUACAUCCUGGAAAGUCGAUGGCAAAGAACUUCUUUUUCUUCGUCCCGAUGCCAUAUUUAACGGUGAGAAGCCCAUUAGUGGAGGAAUACCACACUGUUUCCCUCAGUUUGGUCCUGGCCCAUUGCAGCAGCAUGGAUUCGCAAGGAACAUGGAGUGGUCGAUCGUUUGUGUUGAAAAUAUGCAAAUGAAUCCAUGUGUAACUCUGGAGCUUAAAGACAGUCCGUACAGCCGUAGUAUGUGGGAUUAUGGUUUUCAUGCUCUAUACAAGGUGACUCUACACAAAGACACUCUCUCAACACAGAUUACAAUCACAAAUACUGAUCACACCCCAUUUUCAUUUACUACUGCCUUGCAUACAUACUUUAAAGCUUCUGCAGAAGAGGCCUCUGUUAAAUGUUUAAAAGGUUGCAAGACAUUGAACAAAGAACCUGAUCCAAGAAAUCCAGUGGAGGGUAAGGAGGAAAGGGAUGUUGUCACAUUUCUGGGAUUUGUAGACUGCAUCUACCUUGAUGCUCCUGAUGAAGUUCACCUGGAUAAUGGCUUGGGUGAUUCCAUUACAAUUAGGAAUACCAAUUGGUCUGAUGCUGUUCUGUGGAAUCCUUAUGUGACGAUGGAAUCAUGUUACAAAGAUUUCGUGUGUGUUGAAAAUGCCAAGAUUGGAGAAAUCGAGCUACAACCUAACCAAUCAUGGACUGGUGUGCAACAUUUGACCAAGGCCUGAAAUGCUCUGGUCGAUUCAAAUGCCUCAUUCAGUAAUAAAUAGAGGAAAUCAUGUUAUGUUUAAGAUUGAAAUCUAUUUAAGUUUAUUAUA